AUGAGUACUAACUUAGACUGCUCUUCCUCUAGUGCAGGAGUUUCGUUCGAUAAGCAGCAACCCAGCUUGAGUGCAGCUAUUCUGAGCUCGUUUGCACAGUCCCUAUUUCUAUCCUCCUGCUUUGGGACACAACGCCUGAAGGAUGAGGAAGCAAAUGGCAGUGCUCUUCAGAAUUCGGUAUCUAGCAACGAAUACGCCGACCAGCCAGGCAUGCAUUUCCUGAAUGAAAUCGGUCAAAAUAAAAUCGGCCAACAGCAAGAAGCUUCCCACACACUUACUACAAAUCCACUAGCUCGCAUCUUGAACAAGCUUCAAACCUGGAACAAAACUAUAAAAAUCCUGAUAGCCGAAUCUGGUGUCGUAUCCACGAUGUAUAGGCGGGGUGGUAUAUCAACAUAUGCGCACGAGAGGUGGACAAACAUGAACAAUAUUGUUGCUACAACAACUAUUCCGGCAAACUCUGAACACCAAGCAUCACAAGCGACCGAAAGUGAGAAAGAAAGGCAGAAGCAUUUGGAGGAAGAGAAUAAGAGGCUUAGAGAUGAGGCAAUAAAGCAGUAUUCCCGUGACUGCGUCGACGCCUUACUACCGGGAGGCUGUUUAGGAUACUUGUGUUCGGAAAAGGAGUUGCCCAAGAUUCGCAACCUCAUGAAAGAGAAAAGCUUAAAGGGCGUCGAAUCCCAUCAUGUAAGGAGCUUCUUUGGGGAAUCAAGCAAAGAUGCGAUGCCCUACCAUACCCAGUGA